AUGGGCGAGGACACGGACACACGAAAAAUUAACCACAGCUUUCUUCGAGACCACAACUAUGUGACUGAAGGUAUAGCAAGGGCGGCAGCAAUGCAAGCUUCCCCACAUUGUCCUGCCAAUGUUCCUCAUCCCAGUUCUGAAGAGGUCACUUCUGGAGCUGAUAUUAUUUCUACAGUUGAGUUCAACCACACUGGAGAACUGCUGGCUACUGGUGACAAGGGGGGUCGGGUUGUUAUAUUCCAAAGGGAACCUGAGAGUAAAAAUGAGCCUUACAAUCAGGGGGAGUACAAUGUUUACAGCACUUUCCAGAGCCAUGAACCUGAAUUUGAUUAUUUGAAGAGCUUGGAGAUUGAAGAAAAAAUAAACAAGAUCAAGUGGUUACCACAGCAAAAUGCAGCUCACUCGCUUUUAUCAACAAAUGAUAAAACAAUCAAGUUAUGGAAAAUUACUGAAAGAGAUAAGAGACCAGAGGGGUACAACUUAAAAGAUGAAGAAGGAAAACUUAAAGAUCUUUCUACAGUAACAUCACUGCAGGUGCCUGUACUGAAACCUAUGGAUUUGAUGGUAGAAGUCACUCCCCGGAGAAUCUUUGCUAAUGGUCAUACCUAUCAUGUCAACUCAAUAUCUGUCAACAGUGACUGUGAGACGUACAUGUCAGCAGAUGAUCUCAGGAUUAACCUCUGGCAUUUAGCAAUCACAGAUAGGAGCUUCAACAUUGUAGAUAUAAAGCCAGCCAAUAUGGAGGACCUGACAGAAGUGAUUACAGCCUCUGAGUUUCAUCCCCAUCACUGCAAUCUCUUUGUCUACAGCAGCAGCAAAGGAUCCCUGAGACUCUGCGACAUGAGGGCAUCAGCUCUCUGUGACAAACAUUCCAAGCUUUAUGAAGAGCCAGAAGACCCCAGUAACAGAUCAUUUUUUUCAGAAAUUAUCUCUUCAGUGUCAGAUGUCAAAUUCAGUCACAGUGGUAGAUACAUGCUAACAAGGGAUUACCUCACUGUCAAGGUUUGGGACCUAAACAUGGAAACAAAGCCUGUAGAAACAUACCAGGUCCAUGAUUACCUUAGGAGCAAGUUGUGUUCCCUCUAUGAAAAUGACUGCAUCUUUGACAAGUUUGAGUGUGCAUGGAAUGGAUCAGACAGUGUGAUAAUGACAGGUGCAUACAACAACUUUUUCCGGAUGUUUGAUCGGAACACCAAGCGGGACGUGACCUUGGAGGCCUCGCGGGAGAGCAGCAAACCGCGAGCUAUUCUUAAGCCCCGGAGAGUCUGCGUGGGAGGCAAGCGGAGGAAAGACGACAUCAGUGUUGACAGUUUGGACUUUACGAAGAAGAUCUUGCACACAGCGUGGCACCCGACCGAGAACAUCAUUGCUAUAGCAGCGACAAACAAUCUGUACAUAUUUCAGGAUAAAGUGAACUCAGAAAUGCACUAG